CUUCAACAAGGCGCUACAUGUGCAAACCAGAAGGACUAUCUUCACCCCAAGCACACCUCACUUGCGCCGAACGUUACGUAUCCGUACUGCGGGGCGGCACGCUUCCGCUCUUCGGAACACCUUAGAUGAUCAACACACUCAUAGAGCUACGACACUACGAAUGCCGAUCAAAGCCACGCAACACCGUCUCAGAGAUUUGUAGACUUUCGCGUUUCGUAACAUGGCUGAGUAUGAUUCUGCGCGAGUGUCAUGUUGCACAAAUGUCCAAACGAAACCCGUUUCAAACCCAAGUAUGUAUUUGUACGCUAUCAGGGUAAGCAUCUAAAAGCUCAAAACACCCAUUGCUUAGUUCUUCUUACUCAAUCUUUCAAUUCCCUCCAAAAGCCACCAUGUUUGUCAAGUCGACCUCUGUCGCUGUCUUUUUUCCAUUCUCCGCGCUUGCCUAUAGUGCAACAUGCUCGAACUACCACACAGCCAACCAUCUCCUUCGUCCCAUUUGUAGAGGGCCUCCAGACGUCUAUAUAGUCGAGCCCACCAAUGGCAAAGGCUUGGGUGUCUUCGCCAUGCGCGAUCUUGAUAUUGGCGACAUUGUCAUGCGCGAAUCGCCCGUCAUUAGGAUCAGCCGUUCCAAACUCACAAAGGGAAGCGAGAAUCCUAUGGCUGCUGUUGCAAAACUAGUCUACGACGAAUUCAAAAUGCUUUCGCCCAGCGCACAAGAGCAGGUCUUGGCGCUAUCUUAUUAUGCCAACGGUACGGUGAACACGCAGUCAGAGACACUGGGGACCAUAUUCCGCACAAAUGCGUACAAUACCGGUGACAAGUUCAGCUUGUUCCCAAGAAUCGCUCGCAUCAACCAUUCGUGUCGACCAAACACGAGCUACUACUGGAGCGAGAGGCUCAAUAAGCACAUUGUCUUUGCUAGCCGAAAGAUCAAGGCUGGAGAAGAGUUCUCCGUCUCUUACAUUUCGCUUUUGCUUGCGCAAGAGGACCGACAGAAGCUGCUCGAUCAAUAUGGCUUCAAAUGCCAGUGCGAGGCAUGUGCUCAGAAGCGCACAGCCAGCGAGGCCAGCGACAACCGUCGCAUCACUAUCAAAAACGCUUUUGAUAGGUUUGACAGCCAGCUACUUCUCGAUCCCCCGAAGACCAAGGCCGAAGUAGAACAUGCCCGCAAGAGCGCUGAAGUGAGCGUUCAGCUUGCCCAGCUUGUACAAGCAGAGGGCCUUGCCGACUACUACGCGAGAGCUUACCGCAUCGUCGCCCUCAGCUUUGCCAAAUUGGAAAACUGGCAAUCUGCCACGGAUUGGGCGAAUAAGGCGUACAAACUACGACACAUGGAGGAUCCAGAAUCGCCGUAUACUAUGGAAAUGCACGAGUUGACGUCCACGUACAUCUCGAAAUGGCAGACCCAGCUCACGGGCCGGUCCUGA